AUGGAGAUACUGCUUAAAUACUUGCAACCUUUUGAUUUCAACAAUGAAGAAAUGAUACAACAAUACGAAGCCCCGCUUGAUUUAUCCCCAGGAUCUAUCAUUUCCCAUCUUUGUAACGAAUUAUAUCUCUUGCCUGUAGAAAAGCAAAUGCUAACCAACGUUGUCAAACAAAAACUCCCUUACGCUGAAGGUGACAAUACUGCUGGCGAGCGAAACCAAAAGUUAACUUUUGAGCAGCUUGUUGUCAAAAUCACAUCAGAAUCGAACACUGAUGAACUCUCAAAGGAAUUUACGAAGACAUUUACCCUUUUUAACUCACCCAAAUAUCUCCUUGCUUGCUUGUUUGCUAGAUAUUUCACAAAUAUUGCAUCUGUCGAUGCCAAUAUCACGAAUCUAGAAGAUUUAAGAUAUGUGAGGAUCAAAGUUUUGCAAUUCCUUAUCCUUUGGAUGAGCGAAACCCCAUUCACCUUUGAUAAGGUUCUAAUUAACGCAGUCAAGUCCUUUUAUAAUUCGAUUUCCUCUGGCCAUGUCGCUGACGAAGAAAAGAUCAUAUUAAACAGUCUCAAUGAUUUAAUCGAAUAUAUUAUGGCACAUCAAAUCGAUACAUUAACCUCAAUUAUCAAUAGAACAGCUGACCACCGAUCUAUUUUCGGUCCUAAAUACGUACUCCCUGUUUUACGUAAAACUCAUCCCCUUCAAGUCGCUUUGCAAAUUGCCUACAUAGAUUCAAUCAUAUUUCAAGCUGUCAACCCCAAGGAUCUCAUGGCUAUGAUAGGAGGACAAAUUUCGGCGAACAGUUGCCCUUCAAUCAUGUACCUUCACCAACAUUUCGACGCUCUAUCUAAAUUUGUUGCUUUCUCAAUCAUUUUCGAGAAGGCAGCCAAAGAGAGAGCAAGUAUAUUUGCCAUUUGGGUCGAGAUCCUUCUCGAGCUUAAUAAGGUUAAUGAUUUUUCAGGUGUUUUCGCUGUCUACAAUGGAAUUACGCAUCCAGCGGUUGCAAGACUGAAAACUACAAACAACGAGGCCUGGAAACUCAUUUCAUUCAGAACGAAAAGAGAGUUCGGAAGCAUACAAAAUAUUACCAGUUUCUACAACAAUUUCAACGCCUAUCGUCAGGCAUUACUUGUUCGUAUACCACCACUCGUUCCAUUCAUGGGCUGUUUCCAGAAGGACUGGGUUUAUUUCCAAGAACUCAACAAUUUCCACCCUGACGACAGCCUGAUUGACUUACACGUCAUCCACACCGCAUACGAUCUCUACAACGCGUUCAAGAAAUACCAGGAAAUCAAGUACAACAUCAAAGAAGACCCUGAAAUUCAAAUAAUUUUACUCAAUCUUUCAAAAGAUCUUCCUGAUGCUCGUAAGCUCAUGCAGAUAUCUAUGUUGCAAGAACAGCAAAAUGGUUGA